GUGUUUUUUUACACUUUUAAUUAACAUCACCAUAACUUUCAUAUUCACAUAAAAUCAUCUAUAAUUAUUUAAAAAUCAAAUUAUUUUUAGUUUUCUCAAAUAUUAUAUACUGACAUUGAACUCACCCCCUUAACCAAGAUAUGCAGAUUGUAUUUUAGAAUAAAAUCCACCAAAAAAUAAUUUAAAAUGCAUAAUAAAAACAAAAACGACAUUUUAGGAAUAAAAUAUAAUAAAAUCAUCGUCGCUACACACAAGCAACUAUAAAUCAAAGCCAAGCAAACAACCUUUUCACCAAGUUCCUUCAAAGUCUUUCACUUCAACAAUCUUUCAUUCCUUAGAUAAGUUUACGUAAAAGACUUCAAAGAAACAAACCAUGGUUGUUGUGUUACAGCCAGUCCCAAAAUGCAAAACGAGUUCGGUUUUAAUCCCAGUUGUAGACUUAGCCGACCCAACUUCCAAAACCCAAAUCGUUAAGGCUUGCGAGGAGUUAGGCUUCUUCAAAGUCGUCAACCAUGGAGUUAGACCCGAUCUUUUGACAAAGAUGGAGGAAGAAGCCACUAAGUUCUUUGCUUUGUCUCAGUCUCUCAAAGAUAAAGCCGGUCCAGCCGACCCGUUUGGAUACGGUAGUAAACGAAUCGGACUCCAAGGUGACGUGGGAUGCGUUGAGUAUAUUCUUCUCAAUGCUAAUAGUCAUCUGUCGUCUACCAAAACCACCGCCGUUUUCCGGCAAACCCCUGCCAUUUUCAGAGAGGCGGUGGAAGAGUACAUGGAAGAGAUGAAGGGAAUGUCGAGCAAGGUUCUUGAAAUGAUAGAAGAAGCGCUAGGGAUAGAGCCAAAGGAGAAGCUGAGCAGAUUGGUGAAGGUGAAGGAGAGUGAUUCGUGUUUUAGGAUGAACUAUUACAAGGAGAAGGAAGAGACUCAGGCCAAGGAAGAGAUUGGGUUCGGUGAGCACACUGAUCCACAGUUAAUAUCAGUGCUCAGAUCAAACGACACUGAGGGCUUACAAAUCUGUUUGAAAAAUGGGACUUGGGUCCCUGUUCCACCUGAUCACUCUUCUUUCUUUGUUUUUGUCGGAGAUACUCUUCAGGUGAUGACUAACGGAAGAUUCAAGAGUGUGAAACACAGAGUGCUCACAAAUACAAAGAGGUCAAGAUUAUCAAUGAUCUACUUUGCAGGUCCACCGUUGACGGAGAAGAUUGCACCAUUGGCAUGCCUUGUCCCCAAGCAAGAGGAUUAUCUUUAUAAAGAGCUUACUUGGUCUCAAUACAAGUCAUCUGGUUACAAGACUAAGCUUGGUGACUAUAGGCUUGGUCUCUUUGAGAAAUAACUUCCAUCUUCUAUAUUUAAUGUUUGAGAUACUUUUUUAUAUCUCCUAGUUUUUUUCUGAAAAAAGUAUGGGUUUUUGUUGUUGUUGUUUUAGAAAUUCAAUCAUUUCUUUUAGUUUAUAAGUUUGUACCAAGAAGGGCAAAAUAUAAAAUAAAUGAGUUUACCAAUUAUUAUAACUCUAAAUUUAUGUAUUGUAGUCAUCAUCUCUUAGUAUUUUUAUUCUUUUGUUUUGGUUCAUUCAUAAAAUAUAUAAUAACUAGUUAUCAAGAACAUAAUUUUUCCAUCGGGUACAAGGCAGACCACAAUUUCAAUGGCCUUUUGAGAAGAUGAUUUGACGUGUUUGGCCAAGAAGCAAUGUCCACAUAGUAGUAUACGAGUUUUUCUUUAGUUAUACUGUUAUAGACUCGAAAUUUAUUUGAAGAAAAAACUACAUUUUCAGUUUUUUAGCUCCCAAUUCCUUUGUAAAUGGCUCCCUUUUGAUUAAUCAAUAAAUUUGAAAUUCCAUCAAAACUAGUUUUUAUCUCCUCUUCGUCUUCAUCU